ACCCGAAUUUCUGCUUAACCCUGGCACCUCCAAUUCCGCCAGCGAGAGGAAAGGGGAAUACGAAGAAAGAGAAAAACCCUAGAUUCCGCGAACGAUGUCGUACGACGAUGUUGAGAUCGAGGACAUGGAGUGGAACGAGGAGCUCCAGGCUUUCACUUACCCGUGUCCCUGCGGAGAUCUCUUCCAGAUAACCAAAGAGGACCUGCGAAUCGGCGAGGAAAUCGCGCGGUGCCCCAGCUGCUCGCUGUAUAUCACCGUAAUUUAUAACAUGGAAGAUUUUCAGGAUACAUCCAACAGAAAAACGGAACCGGCCAAACCGCAGCCGGUUGCCGUAGCUUGAGAAUUCUCAGGUCUUAUGAAUUUUUUGCUUUUAUUCAUAGUUUAAUGUUUUUUCGGGGUGUGUUUGUGAUGAGGAGUUCCAUUUUUGGCUGGGAUUAGGGUUAGAUUUUGCGGUGUUGAUGUGUGUAUGUUGGCUCGGUGGUUCAUGAGAUUUUUGCGUUUGAAGAAAGAGAAACUGAUGAUUGGAAAUCUUUAUACAUUUACUUUUUUCGGCAAAUAUGAGUUUAUGAUACAUAAAAGUUACUGCAGUA